AUGCCUUCUCUUACGGUCGCAGUUGCUCAAUCCCGCACGCUCGAAACUCUAGGCGCAACCCUCCGUGCUCUGGAACGCACCACAGCCCUCGCCGCUCGUCGAGGCGUCCACCUCAUCCUCUUCCCAGAAGCCUAUCUGGGCGGAUAUCCGCGGACAUGUUCCUUCGGCUCUGUCGUAGGAGGUCGAGACCCGCGCGGUCGCGACCAAUUCCUGAAGUAUUUCAAGGACGCCGUGGAUCUCGGCGAUACGCCGGCCGGAGCCGGGGAUGACUGGGUUGGUCGGAAGCUGGAGGUUGCAGAGGGGAAGAGGUUCCGCGGCGACGGGACGAGAGAGUUCAUCGAGCGCGUGGCGAGAGAAACGGGUGUCUUUAUAGUUACGGGUUUAGUCGAGAGAUCUGGGGGAAGUCUGUACUGUGCUGUUGUGUAUGUUGAUCCGGUGCGGGGUGUUCUGGGGAAAAGGAGGAAGGUCAUGCCGACCGGCGCUGAACGCAUGAUCUGGGCUCAGGGUUCUACUUCGACCCUCCGUGCUGUGACGACAAGCUUGAAUGGCAUCCCAAUAACCCUCGCCUCGGCUAUCUGCUGGGAAAAUUACAUGCCACUGCUCCGCCAGAGUCUUUACUCCCAGAACGUCAAUAUCUAUCUCGCUCCUACGGCGGAUGCCCGGGAGACCUGGCUCCCACUCAUGCGCACUGUCGGCAUAGAAGGCCGCUGCUUCGUGCUCUCUGCAAACCAGUGUAUGCGCACUUCUGAGCUACCGGAGUGGAUCAGUGGCACGAACACGGAUACGGGCGCAAAGUUGAAUACGGGUCAGAAUGAUCCUGCGGGUAAAUCUGAAACUCCUGGCCGCAAAGUCUCCGUCACUACUGAGGGUCCAAACGAGGUUGUCUUGCCGCAGAUUCAGAGCCAAGUGGAUUCUUCUGUGCGGAAUGCUAAUGGGUCCCUCGCUACUGUGGACGCCGCAUCGGAGUAUGUCUGCCGUGGGGGCAGUUGUAUCAUCUCCCCGCUUGGUGAAGUCCUUGCCGGGCCAUUGUGGGAAGUUUGCACGGAUGACCUGCCGGAUAGUAGCGAUGCUGCUGUGACGGAUGCUUCGGCGCCUGGGGUGUCGGCCACUGAAUCUAGUUCUGCUGUGGCGGCUGGUGAUGGAUUGGCGAUUUCGCGUAUCGAUUUGGAUGAUUGUGAGCGUGGACGGCUGGAUCUUGAUGUCGCCGGUAGUUAUUCUCGGAAUGAUUCGUUCAAGUUUGAAGUCGAAGGGUUGAAUUUGGCGCCUCCGCCAUUUUAG